UGCUGUUUCCAGUGUCGAGCUCGUCGAGCCUCAAUCCAAUUGACAGUCAGAUUCAUAUGGAGGGACACCAGUGACACAACCAGUGAGUGGCUCAAUCGAGGUGCAAUUUCCAAUUCCCGAGUCGCCCCUGGAUUAAGCGAUUGGAAAAACGUUCCAUGCCAAGUAGCCGUUCCGCUAUAGCGAACCUCCUCCAAUACCAGGGAUGGAUCUUAAACGAUCUGGUCCUUCCCCACCCUCCCCCUUGUUGCACAAUCUGGCACUCACGCAGGUUUCCAACGGCUGGAUUGGCUAAUUCACGACGUUCACGACCAUUACACGAACACUCUUCAUAGCUGGUGGUUGGUUGGAUAGAUGGAUUAAUCGCAAUUGGUGUUGCGGAUUUCAGUCAAGAAAAAAGAAGCAAGAAGAAGAAAAAGUUCUAAAGUUCUAUGACGCACUCGGUCUGUCUGUCUGUCUGUCUCGCUAAAUAGUUUCUGUCUGCUGAUGGUGUCAGCUUGAGCCUUGGUUUGAGCUGACCGGCACGAGGCUAUCAGCAAUCCAUUCGACAUAUAUUGCCCACGCUACAGUGGCUCAUACUGUUGACGAGGCCGUUGAGCCCGACUACCUUCCCUAUCAUCCCAAGCCAGAGCCCCUCAGAGACGUGAAUCAGAUUGGAUUGGCAACCGCAUCAACUACAUCAUUUUCUGUAUCAUUGUAUCAUUGGUCCGUUCUUUCAGACAUUCGUCGGGACCAUACAUGCAUACAUUCCUACCUACCUACCUACCUACCUACAGAGAGUGCCUGAGACAUUGGUUUGCAAUUGAAAGCCGGAAGGAAUCUGCUCAACAUGCCGAAUUAUUCGUCCCAAGUCAUUUUGUGCAUCCAGGGCGUGUCCUACUUGUGCGGUCUCAUCCUUUCGUUGUGCGUGUGCGUGCCCAUGGCCAUUCAUCAAGAGCAUUUCAAAGGCCAUUGCCUGUUGUUCAGCACGGGCCGGUGGCAAGAGGCCGACGGCCAAUUCAAGGUCGAUUGGGCCUCGCAAGCCUACUGUAACUUCACCAUUUUCGUGGCCGUGGUCCAAUUUGUCUUAUCCUUGUGUCAAUUUGUCCGUAUUUGCAAGUAUUUCAAGCGUGGGACCGACGCCUCGUUCUUGGGCGCCUUUGUCGACGUCAUUUGCGGCGUCCUGAUUACCGUGGUCACGCUCAUCGCGGCUCUUUUUGUCACCUGCGGUUUCAAAGUUUGGUGCGGCGAGAUGACCCGCCGCUUUCAGACCUGCCAGGACGCCACGGCCAACGAUAUCGACAAAGCCGACGGGAUCGACACCUCGGGCUUCUACAACCAGAUGUUUACGGCCCAGUUCGGUAUCUGGAUGUCCUUCACGGCUUAUUGCAACGCCCUGGUCUUUUCGAUGGUCAAACUGUGCCGUUACCAUCAUGAGGAAAAUCUCCGCGUGUCCAUGGCCAAAGAACGCAAGCGAUUGAUCAAUGAAGACAUCGUCACCGAGGUACCCGUCAUGGCCCGGGAUGAGACCCAGGCUUCGGCCAGUCGACGAAGGCGACGGGGUGACCGGAGCUCCGGUCCACCGCCAUCAACGGCCCCAAUCAUGCCGCCCGCCCUCCAAUCCGAAGAUCCCGACCAGAUUUUGUCGGUUGAAGGCAUCGAUAACCCGGGGGCGCCGGGGGCGGCUCGACCCACGCCCCCCACGGCGGGUCAUGCCAUUCCUGCCAGUCCUAUGGAUACACCUCCCUCGCCUACCGGCGGCGGGAACCAAAUCCGAUUAUCGCCUGAGUAAUGGGUGCCACACGGGAUCCUUUUUGCAGGAAAGCUGUCUCGUAAUCGAAGACAUUACACCCGCGCGGGUCUUAAUUUGUCACUCACAGGCGGUAUAGGCCGGAGUGGGUGUCAAAUAAGAUCCUUUAACCGCAGUGUCAUACCCGAACCACUUGUCAGAGGAGCAAAAAUACCAAUGCUAACCGACCCACCCCUAAGGUUAAUGUCCGUUUCUUCCACCCCGCUUCCCCCUACCUGUCGCAGGAGUCACUCGUGUUGGAUGAGACGCAUCAUCCCUCACGGGUCACUCCCGUGACCAGCUUUCUUUGAACGACGAUUUCAAUAAUUGACAGGAAAAUAUGUAUCUCAAAACCGGGUCACAAAGAAAGGAACAAUGUAAGAAUUGCCCUUGAAACUGAUAUUGUGCCAUACUAUCUAUCCUUCUUUUCAAAUCCUUUCCCGCAUAUGUACCCAAGACUGUGUUUUAGACUAGAUAAUAUCUUCUUGGCGAGAGCUGUAUAAGGUGAAUGAUUGAUUUAUCAUUGUCAUAAAAGCAAAUUCAUUGUCA